AAAUUAGUCGUACCAAAAUGCAAAAAUCUCAAAUCAAAGGAACGCCACGCGUGUGCAUAUACAGCGGCACCGUCCACAGCAACAGUAGCUCACUACCUCCGACUCCGAGCUCUCGAACCGACACGAACAUUCCCACGAGCGUCGUGUUCGCUCCCUCGCGUGGUAAGACAUGAACCCAAUGUCGAUCUGUACGUCCUCGUCGUCCGGGUCUUCGUCUUCUUCGCAUUCCACCACCAAAGCGUGGAUCGUGCACGGGAUCGUCGUCGGCGCAGCAGUCGCGGCGGCAAUUGGCGCUCGGGCUUAUCUCGGCAGAUCCACGAAGUUCCGGAGCCGGGUCGUUGGUAUUAUACCCGCCAGAUUCGCUUCUUCUCGGUUUCAGGGCAAGCCUCUGGUUCCCAUCCUGGGCAAGCCCAUGAUCCAGAGAACGUGGGAGAGAGCUAAACUAGCUGCUUCUUUGGAUCGUGUUGCUCCUUUGGGUGUAGUUGUGGCCACAGAUGAUGAAAAGAUAGCAGAAUGCUGUCGAGGAUUUGGAGCAGAUGUGAUAAUGACAUCGGAAUCAUGUCGGAAUGGCACUGAACGCUGCAAUGAAGCUCUACAAAAGCUUGACAAAAAGUAUGACAUAGUUGUCAACAUCCAGGGGGAUGAGCCUCUUAUCGAACCCGAGAUAAUUGAUGGGGUUGUUAAAGCCCUCCAGGCUGCCCCAGAUGCAGUAUUUAGCACUGCGGUUACCUCUUUAAAACCUGAAGAUGCAUUUGAUACAAACCGUGUUAAAUGUGUUGUGGAUAAUUGUGGCUAUGCUAUUUACUUCUGCAGGGGACUAAUUCCACAUAACAAGUCUGGAAAGGUCAAUCCACAGUUUCCCUAUUUGCUUCAUCUUGGAAUUCAGAGCUAUGAUUCAGAGUUUCUAAAGAUAUAUCCAGAGCUUCAGCCUACCCCGCUCCAGCUUGAGGAGGAUCUAGAGCAGCUUAAAGUUCUUGAGAAUGGUUAUAAAAUGAAGGUGAUAAAGGUUGAUCAUGAGGCUCACGGCGUUGAUACUCCAGAAGAUGUUGAGAAAAUAGAAUCAUUUAUGCGUGAAAGGAACUUGUCCUAGUGCUUGAAGAGUUGUAUCGAGCACGCAUGCGUAGGAGGAGAGCAAGAGCGUGCGAGGACUGGAAGAGCUUAUACGUGGACCUGCUCGUGGGAGUAUACCCACUUCUCCAAAGAGUGAUUCCAAGCAUCGUCCAAGAUGAGGAGUUUCCCACCCUGCAAUGCCUCCUUCAGUCUUGUGCCUCAAGUAAGGUCCGCUCGCCUCCGUCAAAAAGUUAGUUUGAGAUGGUUGUUAACAUCAGUUUUGUCUCGUACCAACGAGGCCUUCUCGCGAUACAGUGACCAAACAAGCACCAUCGAACAUUGCACAAUCCUGCACCGUAUGAUGAUGUAUGUAUAUGCUUCGGGACAAAGGUUCUGCCCACUCCUGCCUGUCCCCAAAAAACCAACUCGGAACCACCUCUUCGUUCAUUAAGCAAUCCCAGAUCUCAUCCCUUUUUUGUUUGAGAAGCUUGUUUCGUGAGGUACAUUUUGUUGUCU